CCCCAGCUACUUAAAGUUUUUAUUUUGCUGAGUCAGAGCUCAGCUGAGCUUGGAAGGAAGGGUAGCCUUGUUUGUGGAGCACUGGCUAGAGUGCAGUAUGGAGCGUGGUGUGAUUGCAGAUGGACUGAACAUCCGGCCUGGAGAGGGCAUUCAAGUGAGGGGAAGGGUCCUAGCAGAUGCUAAAGAAUUUUGUAUAGAUCUGGGCAAAGACUGUGACAACCUCCUGAUCCGCUUCAAUCCACGCUUUGCCGGCCAUAAGGAUACGUUAAACACUGUUAUCUGCAACUCCAAGCAAAACGGGGUGUGGGGGGACGAGGAGGAAAAACUACACUUCCCAUUCCUGCGAGGGGAACUCACGAAGGUCUCCUUCACUUUUGCUACUGCUGCAAAGGUGAAGGUGAACAUGGCAGAAGGUCAGAUCUUCUACCUUGACCGAGUGGGCCAGCAGUUCUCCUUCCCAAAUCGACUGGGCCUUGAAGCCAUCCAGUAUGUCUCAGUGGGGGGAGACUUCAGAGUGAAAGGUCUCAACUUCUUCUGAUCUGUUGACCCUCUGAUCCUGCUAUGUAGUCGAAUGAGCUCAAAAUGUACUCUUCCAACCAAGCACUGUUCUGCAUGUUAGCUAUUGAAAAGAGAUCUGCACUGUAAGGGGGGCCUUUGUCUGGGCUUUCUAGAGGCAAAGGGACCCAGGAUCCUUUCGCUUGCUGAGCCAUGAUUGUGGAAUUUCUCCAAGGCUGGGCUCUCUGGGUAUGCUCUGACCUUACUUAAGGUUACAGUUUUCAGAGGGGUAGUUCAUUUCUGCAGCAGCGGUCUUAUAGCACCUUAAACAUGAGGUGCAUCAUCUGAAGUGGGCUUUAAUCAAUAAAAGCUUAUGCUAAAAUGAGUCUGUCUUUAAGAUGCUACAAGGCUUUGCACUUGCCUAAGGCUGUGGUUGUUCAAUCCUUCUGGAAAAGGAAGUGCCACCAUGGGGUGAGCUUUCUCUAGUGGUUCUCCAUUAGUACAUCCUUUUGAGUCUCUGCCUGCUUAACCUUUGAGUGAGUGCAGAGCUGCUGGGAGGCUCCAAACUCAUUUGCUUCCUAUUGCUUGUCACAGAGACAGGCCGUUGACUCCACAAAAUGAAUGGCAAUGCUUGCAGCCAGAAAUAUUCCGGGCACAAAAUUGAUCUUGGGCUUUGCUUCUCAGGAACCCCAUGCACAUCUUAAUAUGUGGAUGGAAACUUGCUAAUAAAGAGAAGAUGUAUUGGUCUAGAA